AUGACGAUGGUACAUCCAUUAGAUCUUCCUCCAACAGAUUUGCCUCAAAGGUUCGCCCGCCUAGAACUGGAUAGCCAGCAUGGUGUUGCAAGCGAACAGACCGAAGCGGAUCCCCAAAAUUCGUCACCGCGCAUGAUCGCUACCGAUGUUCGACAACAAGUCGGAUUUCUGACCCUACCACGUGAGAUCCGCGACCAAAUACACCUCAACCUCAUAGUCGUGGAAGAUCCAAUACAGUACGAUACACAUUUCAAAAGCUUGUCUCGGAGCGACACCUUCACGGACAGGGUGAUAAUGUGGAUGUUUGAAGUUGCCUUAAACACUCAGAUCGCACGAGAAGCCCGCGAGACUUUCUACCAACACAACACCUUCCUCAUCUACACCCAUGACAUCCCGGCCCUCCUCAGUGCAAAGGUCCAUACUGUGUCAUUUGGAGCUACGGAUGGUGUCGAGCCAACAACUCAUAGCACACCCUUCGAGGCUGGCGCGUGGGUGAGGAAGCUCGCAGUCCGCGUGGGUUGGCAUGCAUCAGGCGGCUGGUUCCCCGAUGAGUGUUGCCGAAAUCCUGCCCAUGAUCUACGAACCUUGCUAAAGUCGGACGGCUUGCGAAGUGUGAUCGUUGACGCCAAGUUCGGCGCUUGGUCCUAUGGCUACCCGCAGGGUAUCGGGUGGGACUUGUUGGAGGAGAUGAACGAGAAAUGGGGAAAGCAAUUCAAGACCUACAACGAUCAAACGUUGCGGAGUGACACUCAUCGGUACACAAGUGACAGGCGGGAUCUCAGCGAUAGAUGGCUGCUAGAGCAUCAGCGUAGCCAAGUGGCAGAGGAGGCGAGUGCUGAGGGUGGAGACGAUGAGCAAGUGGACGUGGUUGAGGGUGAAGAAGUAGAGCUUUGGGGAGAAGCUGAGACUGAGACUGAGGAUGGGGAUGAGGAUGAGGAGGAGGAGGAGGAGGAGGAGGAGGAGGAGGAGGAUGAGGGAAGGCGCGGAAAGAUACUCCAAGAGAAGAGGAGGAAGAAGAUCGAGAAACAGAUGGGGACGAGGAGGAAGCAAGUAGAGCUGUUCGGAAUGGCACCUGGCCUGAAUCUUUAUUUGAGGUACAAAGCCUCUACCAUGCUUCCUUUCAGUUCAACGUCUCCGCUCUCAGAAGACAAUUCUACACUACUACGUGUUCUAUCUACACGUGACGAGCUCGAUAAGGCUCUUGGCGAGCUCGCAGAACAGGCAACUUGCACCGAGUUGCUCCGAAAUUACAGACCUAAGUAUGCUAGAAACCGGAUUACGAUAACGUUCUGCAACCGUAACCGGGCUCUAAAGGAAGCCGUCUACUAUGACAAGCCUACUUACAACGUAUCAUUGAGGAUGUCAAAAUCUGUUGGUUAUUGGUUCACAGCCGCCUCCCAGCCACUUUGUCGGAUCAGCCACCCUAACAGGAUAUACAUCAGACGUGCCCAAGUGGAUGCCCACAAAAUGAAGCAUACAGCCGCUUCAACCAAACAACUGGUUCUAAGCCCUCCAGGCGCACAAAUAAGGUCAAGCUCUGCUAUCCGCCUCCUCGUCACAUGGGAUGAAGCAGGCAAGCGAUCAAGAAAAGGGGUCAAGACAUGCCGCUCAUCAUCCGUUACCCCAGCAAUGACACCUCCCACGGCUCUGGCCAGUGGCGCUAAGGGAGUCAAAAUGAAUAGCCUUAGUAAAGACUUCGAAUCCAUCACCAUCACGGGAUACUACACCCGGGACAUCAGGUUCCCAACAUCUUUACAAGAUGAGGGAUCUGAUGCCAUGAAUGGGGCGGUUGACUUCUCAAAUCCAUACUGUGUACUACAGACUAAUUCUGAGUAUGAGGGCCAUGGUGUGAGCUUCACCAUUGGGCGAGGCAACAACCUCGUCUGCGCAGCUAUCGACAUGCUUGCUCCACUGCUAGUGAACCGAUCUCUAGCAUCCCUGACAUCGAAUAUGGGCAAUACAUGGCGCUAUCUAGCCUCAGACUCGCAGAUGCGCUGGGUAGGCCCUGAAAAGGGUGUUGUACACCUCGCGCAGUCUGCAGUCGUCAACGCCGUUUGGGAUCUCUGGGCGAAAUCUCAGGGUAAACCUGUUUGGCGUCUGGUGGCAGAGAUGUCGCCAGAGGAGUACGUGCGCUGCAUCGAUUUCCGAUACAUCACUGAUGCACUCACGCCUGAGGAGGGUAUUGAAUUGCUUCGUAACCAGGAACUUGGGAGAGCUGAGAGGUUGAAGGAGGUGGAGGAGAAUAAAGCCGUUCCUAUUUACAGCACCUCAGCUUCAUGGUUAGGCUACUCAGACGAGAAGAUGAAAGGCCUCCUAGAACAGUCCAAGGCUGAAGGGUUUCACCAAUACAAACUUAAGGUCGGGGGUGAUCUCGAGCGGGAUCUUCGUAGAUUGAAGCUCUUCAGAGAGGUCAACGGCUGGGAUGAUAUCCUUAUGCUAGACUCGAACCAAAUUUGGUCCGUGCCCGAAGCAGAAUCCUACAUCGCCCACCUCGCCCCAUUCAAACCUCUCUUCAUCGAAGAACCCACCUCCCCUGACGACAUCCUCGGCCACGCCACCAUCCGCGCCGCCCUACGCAAAUACAAUAUCAAGGUUGCCACCGGUGAGCAUUGUCAAAACCGCGUCAUGUUCAAGCAAUUCUUGCAAGCCGAGGCGCUGGAUUACGUCCAGGUGGAUGCUUGUCGUCUUGGUGGGCUGAAUGAGGUCAUGGCUGUUAUGUUGAUGGCGGCAAAGUUUCACGUUCCGCUGCAUCCGCACAUCGGCGGCGUCUCCCUCCCCGAGUACUCCCAACACGUCAUCACAAUCGACUACCUUGUCGUUAGCGGGCGCCGUAGCGUUCUCGAGUACAUCGACGCCUUGCACGAACAUUUCUACCAUCCCGCACAGAUCGCCAAUGGGUUUCAUGUCACGCCCACGGCGCCCGGGUACAGUGUUCACAUCAAGCCGGAGAGCAUGGAUCGCUUUAGCUUCCCUGGAGGGAACGGCAGUUGGUGGAAGGGUAAGGAAGCUGAGAAGCUUUUGAAAUUAGAGAGGACGGUGGGGUGGAGGCCGGAAUUUGGAAAACCCCAAACGGAGGUGGUGGAUGUGCAGUUGAAGGGAAAUGAUGCUGCUUUUGCUAACGAUGAUGGACGAACGUGA